AUGUCCGGGGAGGGUAACCAUGGUAACCAGAAGGCCCAGUGCAAUGGAGUAAAGAAGCACAGAACGUCUUUACCAGCGCCCAUGUUCUCCAGGAAUGACGUCAGCAUCUGGAGCAUCCUGAAGAAAUGCAUUGGCAUGGAGCUGUCUAAGAUAGCAAUGCCAGUGAUCUUAAACGAGCCCCUUAGUUUCCUGCAGCGGCUUACAGAGUACAUGGAGCACACGUACCUCAUCCACCAAGCGAACACCACCACAGAUUCCAUGGAGAGGAUGAAGUGUGUUGCAGCGUUUGCUGUGUCUGCUGUAGCUUCACAGUGGGAGAGGACGGGAAAACCCUUCAACCCACUACUGGGAGAAACCUAUGAGCUCAUCAGAGAGGACCUAGGGUUCAGGUGGAUGUCGGAGCAGGUUAGCCACCACCCCCCCGUCAGCGCCUUCCAUGCUGAGGGCCUGCAGGAGGACUUCCUGUUCCACGGCUCCAUUUACCCCAAACUCAAGUUCUGGGGAAAGAGUGUGGAGGCGGAGCCUAAAGGCAUCAUCAGCCUGGAGCUACCAAAAUACAACGAAGCGUACACCUGGACAAACCCUACCUGUUGUGUCCACAACAUCAUCGUGGGCCAGUUGUGGAUCGAGCAGUACGGCAAUGUGGAGGUGAUCAACCACAAGACCGGAGAGAGAUGCAGCCUGAUAUUCAAACCAUGUGGCCUCUUUGGCAAAGAGCUGCACAAAGUGGAGGGCUACAUUCUAGAUAAAAGCAAAAAGAAGCUCUGUGCCAUCUACGGUAAAUGGACCGAGUGCUUAUACACUGUGGACGCUGACACUUUUGAUGCUCAUAAGAAAUCUGACAAGAAGAACUCAGAGGAGAAGAAAAGCAACAUGCAGACCAGUGUAGACGAGGAGCCAGAGGAGAUGCCCCUGCCUGACGGAGACACGGUCCAGGUCAUCCCAGGAAGUGAGCUGAUCUGGAGGAUAGCCCCCCGGCCAGACAACUCUGCAGAGUUCUAUGCUUUCUCCACAUUUGCCAUGCAGCUGAAUGAGCUGGAGGAAGGCAUGAAGGGGGUCCUACCCCCCACAGACUGUCGACUCAGGCCUGACAUCAGACACAUGGAGAAAGGAGACAUAGACUCGGCAAGUGCAGAGAAGAAGAGGGUAGAGGAGAAACAAAGACUGUCCCGGAAAAAUCGCUCCAAAUCAACCGAGGAAUGGAAAACAAGGUGGUUCCACCAGGGCACCAACCCCCACAACAAAGCUCAGGACUGGCUCUACUCCAACAGCUACUGGGACCGGAACUACUCCCUGCUGCCUGAUAUAUACUGA